CGCCGCCGCGGCCCGAGCGAUCUGCAGCGGGAGCGGCGCCUCCGACCGAGCUAGCGCCGGCCGCGACCCCUCGGGGCGCACGGCCACCCACAUGGACGCGGCGCUGAAGCGGAGCCGCUCGGAGGAGCCGGCCGAGCUGCCGCCGGCCCGGGACGUGGAGGAGGAGGAGGAAGAGGGGAUGGAGCAGGGGCUGGAGGAGGAGGAGGAGGUGGACCCCCGGAUACAGGGUGAACUGGAGAAGCUAAAUCAAUCCACUGAUGAUAUCAACAGGCGGGAGACUGAACUUGAGGAUGCUCGUCAGAAGUUCCGUUCUGUUCUGGUUGAAGCAACAGUGAAACUGGAUGAACUGGCGAAGAAAAUUGGCAAAGCUGUGGAAGACUCGAAGCCUUACUGGGAGGCUCGGAGGAUGGCGAGGCAGGCUCAGCUGGAAGCUCAGAAAGCCACGCAGGACUUCCAGAGGGCCACAGAGGUGCUUCGAGCCGCCAAGGAGACCAUCUCCCUGGCUGAGCAGAGGCUGCUGGAGGACGACAAGCGGCAGUUCGACUCAGCCUGGCAGGAGAUGCUGAACCACGCCACGCAGAGGGUCAUGGAGGCGGAGCAGACCAAGACGAGGAGUGAACUGGUGCAUAAGGAGACAGCAGCCAGGUACAAUGCUGCCAUGGGCCGCAUGCGACAGCUGGAGAAGAAACUCAAGAGAGCCAUCAACAAGUCCAAACCUUAUUUUGAACUCAAGGGAAAGUACUACGUGCAGCUUGAGCAACUGAAGAAGACAGUCGAUGACCUGCAGGCCAAACUGACCCUGGCGAAAGGAGAGUACAAGACUGCCCUGAAGAACCUGGAGCGGAUCUCGGAUGAGAUCCACGAGCGGCGGCGCUCCAGUGCCAUGGGGCCUCGGGGCUGUGGCGUGGGUGCCGAGGGCAGUGGCACAUCUGUGGAGGACCUGCCCGGGGGCAAACCUGAGCCGGAUGCAGUUUCUGUGGCCUCAGAGGCUUUUGAAGACGACAACUGUAGCAACUUUGUGUCUGAAGAUGACUCGGAAACUCAGUCUGUGUCUAGCUUCAGUUCAGGACCAACAAGCCCACUGGAGACGCCAGACCAGUUUCCUGCAGUCUCGAGGCCCGGCAGCCUGGACCUGCCCAGCCCCGUGUCCCUGUCGGAGUUUGGGCUGCUGUUCCCAGUGCUGGGCCCCCGGAGUGAGUGCAGCGGGGCCUCUUCCCCCGAAUGUGAGGGAGAACGAGGAGACAGGGCAGAAGGGGCAGAGAAUAAAACAAGUGACAAAGCCAACAACAAUCCAGGUCUCAGCAACAGCAGUGGUGGUGGCAGGGGUAGGAGCCAAAGCAGCACCUCCCCCGAGGGCCAGGCCGUGGAGACCCGGAUGAAGCAGCUGUCCCUCCAGUGUUCAAAAGGAAGAGACGGGAUUAUUGCUGACAUAAAAAUGGUGCAGACUGGCUGAUCCACUGAGCUGUGGCCCAUGUGCAAAAGAAUAUUUCUAUACGAAACUGGAGAACAUUGUGCCAAUAACCAUUUAACAUAUGCCAAAUCGUACGCAUUUACUCUAAACUGCACUAAUGAAGUUUCAGUGACCUUGAGGGCUGAAGAGUUUCCUUCCAGUGAGAGCUCUUGGUUUGUUUUCCAGAGCAGAGUUAACGCAGGUGGACUGUGAACAGGGUCACGGCCUUUGCGGAACAUUCCCUGUAAGAGGGUUAUGGAAGCAAUAACUAGUUCCUGUGAAGGAACCCAAGCCAGGAAUGGGGCUGGAAGCUUAGCUAAACUGGAGGCCAUAACUUGAGUCUCUCCCUUCUCUGGCCCUCAGUUCUGGGAAACUGACAUGUUCUCUCCAUUAUAUCCCAGGGCAUUGAAAUAGUUCAAGAAACCUACACACAAAUAAAACAACUCAAGGGUGCAAAGCACACCUUUCUGACCUAGUGACGGCUUAAAAAUUCCAAGAACACAAUUCAUUUUCAUCACCUCUGGUGUUCAAGGGGGGCUUUUAAAAAAAGCAUGUAUGCUGGGACACUCAUUAAAACCAUUUCCUAGGAAGGCUACCAUGAACUGCACUUUCAGGGGUGGGAAAGGUGAAUGUCAGCGUGGGGCUGGGGGAUGAGAGUAGCAAGGACACAUCACACAUCAGAAGGGGAUUUGUGGCUGUAGGAAAGAAGGGUCUGUAACAUAACCUUACCCUGCCAGCCAAGGGGAUUUAUUCUAAGAGAAGCGCAUGUGAAGAAUGGUUGCCAUUGUUAUAUCUAGAUUGACAAGGUGUUCAUUUCUAUCUAGGCUGUAACUUUAAAAAUAAAUGAAAUUAUUUAAGGGUUAUGCUGCACUAGUUUUCUUAGAGGAAAUUGUCCUUCAAGCUAGGAAAGGGAGUUGGCAUGUGUUGGCAAAGGCUGUUAAAUAGAAGCAAUGGAGUCUGUUAUGCUACUAGCAGUGUUAAGACUGCUUUUCUUUAAUGUUUUCUUGGCUAUGCAUAUUUAGAGUGCUAUAUUUCAUGUGUCUUAUUUUGUUAGGAAAAUUUAGCAUUUCUAAAAGAAAAAAGCCUCCCCAUUUCAAGUUGUUACUCCUGUCCCAGCUUGUAUAUUUUAGUCAUCUGUAUCUCUUCAUACUGUAGUAGUUCUUUUUAUUGACUGAUACAGUAUCCUAAUUACAAGGUUAUUUUGUACUUGUCUUAAUACCUUGAGUGUAAUAAAAACUGCUUAAGAAAAGUU